UUUGUUUUUUAAUCCCCCCUGAGUUGAACGGUGAAAAGAGGUGUUGGUUGGGAAUUAUUCCAGAUUUUUUCCCCUGGUAUAUAGAUUGGUGGAUAUUGAGCUCAAGAUCCGCGUCUGAAUGAAAUUAAAUUCAUUUUGAAAUUUAUUGCACUGGAGCAUAGAACUAAUUAAAGAGCUUGGAUUUAAAUAUGCAUUUAUGUGAUGCUUUUCAGGUGACCCCCAUCCCACCCCUUCAUCUCUUUUUCUGGUUGGUCUCUUUCCUGAAGUUCAGAGGCACAGUUUCUGAGUUUUGACAUAUUUUUGGAGAUGCCAUUCAAACAGAAGCCUAGGAAAUAUUUUGGGAAAUUGCAGUAAUUCAACAAUCUCUGAAAGCUGUUUUCCCUCCCUACCUUUCUGGUUUGGAAUCAUUGAACAAACAUGUGCAUUGAAUCUUUUAGAAGACCUGCAAUGUUUAAUUUUUAUUUUUUCCUUUAAGGAAACUUGACAGAAAAGCAAAUAUCAAAUUCAAAUGCAUUUCAGCACAGAGGUAGGAAGGUUUCUGAAAAUAAAUGUUAUAAUCAAUAUUGCAUUUGGAAUACAAUAUCAGCUGCAUUUUAAAUCCAGUUUCUAUCGUGUAUCACAAACCAAGGAAGAAACACUUGGGAAGACUGAAAUACUGUUGAGACCCCGAAGACGACUCCACAUCUCAACCAAUGAAACUGCAUAGAAUAACGCAGCUGGAUCGUCUGUAACCAUUGGCACUUAUUACUGGCUGCUUUAUUUUUGGGGUGUGUGGGGGACAUCUCAUCCACUGCUGCCUGCCUUUUUUCUCCCUCCCUCUUCUCCUCCUUACAAAUGAUGGCUCAUCCUGGGAUAAGAGCUUAUGAUAAUAGGGAGAUUGUGCUGAGGUACAUCCGUUACAAACUCUCACAGAAAGGAUAUGACUGGGUGGCUGGUGGAGACCCAGAAAACCUUCCUGCUCCUGCUCCUGCUCCUGCUCCUGCUGGGAGCAUCCCUGCCCUUGCUGGGCUGGCAUCCCUGCCUUCUGAGCUGCCUGACUCUGCUGCUGUGAGGAAUGUUGCCCCUGCUGACGAACUACACCCAGUGCCAGCGCCACAGGUUGUCCAUUCAACUUUACGCCAAGCUGGAGAUGAGUUUUCACGGCUUUACCGGAGGGAUUUUGCUCAGAUGUCUGGCCAGUUGCACUUGACUCCAGUCACUGCCAGAAGCCGUUUCGUGGCUGUGGUGGAAGAGCUGUUCCGUGAUGGGAUCAAUUGGGGCAGGAUUGUAGCGUUCUUUGAAUUCGGUGGCAUGCUGAGCGUGGAGAGUGUCAGUCGGGAGAUGUCACCCCUUGUGGACAAUAUCACUGUGUGGAUGACUGAGUACCUGAACAGGCACCUGCACAACUGGAUCCAGGACAAUGGAGGCUGGGAUGCCUUUGUGGAGCUGUACAGCAACAACAUGAGGCCUUUGUUUGACUUUUCCUGGCUGCCUCUGAAAACAAUCCUGAGCCUGGCGGUCGUGGGCGCGUGCAUCACCCUCGGUGCUUACCUGGGCCACAAGUGACUUCAACCAAUGUAUGGACUGAUGGAAAGCCUUUGUUAACGAAACUGAAAAGAGCAGGGGGGCAGAGGAAAUAAUAUGUGGUAUGUUUGUUUUUUUCUGGAGCAUAAUGCUAUUAUUUUAUGAGCCAAGUAUCUUUCUGUCUAAAUAUUAAAUCAGCUAUUACUGCCAAA